AUGGUUGGAUGUCCUUAUGGAUAUACAGCAGCUGGAAAUCCAUCGGCAGAUCUAGAGAACCGCUGUAAUGGACACUUUUUCACGAGGUUAAAGCCAGUUAUGGAUCUUGUUCAAUCCAACCAGGAUCAAUGGGACACCUGCAAAAAAAUCAUAGCAAAAGGCGUCCAGGAGGAAGAGAAGCAGAUACAGAUCCAACUCGAAGCCAUGCAGGAAUCCUUAUCGAGUUUUAAGACUUCUUUGGAGGCUGCUUUUGAAACGAAAAUCGAAAACCAGUUUGAAACCCUGAUGCAAAAUUUAAAGAAACUCAUCCCACAGGACUUAGAUGCCAGGUUGAGGAGUAUAGAACGACAGAUCACAUCAAAGGAAUUCGAGAAAAAUCCGCUACUGAUUAAAAACCAAACAGGCACAGAGAGCGAACAUCAGGUUAAGUUGGAAGGACAGCCAGAGAUUUUACAGGAUACACUGAGCAAGGCAAUUCAAGGUUUCAAGAAGAUUGGCUCAAAGUUCUUUUAUAUUGAAAACGGUUACAAGUUAAAUUGGGAUGAUGCAGUAAGUGCCUGUCGCGGAAUGGGGGCACAACUAGCGGAUAUUGAAAAUAUGCAGGAGUCUAAGGACCUAUAUGCUUCUCUUAUCUAUGACAGUUCCUACUGGCUGGGCAUCAGCGCAAGGGCCAAAGAAGUCACGUUCAUCUCAGCUCAGGGCAGCUUGGGUCAGGUAAACUUUAUAGAGGGCGUAGUACUGGUGUUGAUUGUGCAAUCAGUGCUUACUCUUAUUUUUGCCUGGGAUUGUUUGUCCGAAAACGUGUUCAAGGGACCUGAACACGUUUAA